AGGGUGUGUGGUGGGGGGAUUUCGGGAAGGGGUCAACUAUCUAGGGAAAGUCUGCGGGAGGGCUAUCUGCUGUCGUGUGCCGCUCACCUCCCUCAGGGACCCCGGCCGAUUGGGAUCCCGCCUCCAAGAGCCCGAGGCAGUUGUGGGGAAACCCCUCGCCCUUCUGGGAAGCCAGGGGCCGCGCCCUCCCUGCUCCAGCCCACCAUCCGCCUGCUUCAGGCCCUGCAUCUUCUUAAGCCCGGCCCUCUUCACACCUGACUCUGAACGGAAACUAUGGAGGUGGUUCCUGCCCACUGGCGGGUGGAAAUGCCCACGGUGAAUGCCUCAGGGUCUCCCCCCAAUUGCUGCGGGAAGGGGGACGGGACUAAGAAAUAGAUUUCACUGUCCGGGAGAAUCACGAUUCCCAACCUAGGGAAGGUCUUGAGAUGGAAGGGAACCUAAGGGGGAAUCCGGGGAAAUCCAUUCGCCAAGGGGAGGGUCAACCCUGUCCGCUCACACCGGUUACUAUGACAAUACAACCACAGCUCCAGUUGCCAUGGCAGCUACGUAUCCAGUCCGAUUGGUUUCCUCUUCCUCUUGGGCCCCACCCUAUCCCCUCCAAAAGUUUCCUAGCUUGCAUGGGGAGAGCACCAGACUGGAGCGUGGCCUUCGCGUCAUUCUCCAGAGGGCGAGGGAAGACAAGAAUCGUGGGACUGGCUGGUGGAACUAUAGAAGGAAGGGGCAGUGUUUCCAGUGGGGAAGAGUGGAGGAGUGGAAGAAGGAAGAGGAAAAAGUGUGUGGGGUGUGGAGGGGAAGACUUUAAGUGUAACUCCUUGCUGAUUUGGGCUCUAUGUUCCCGGUGGGCUGUGGUUGUCCCCUCGCGCGGGAGGAGAGGGGUGGAUCGGCAGGAAGCCUCCAAACGCCAUCAGAAGGGCUCUCGGCUGCCGCCGGGGCGCCACAAAACCCGUUGAUUCGAAGAGGGACCUGACCCGAGAGCAGGAAGUCGCCCUGAGGGACCAGCGCUCUGAUUCUCGCGAGAGGGACCUCUCCCACUUCCUUCCUCUAGUUCUCCCUCCUCUUUCCACCGCCCCCUCCCUUAUCCCUCCCCCUUCCCCCUCUCGGGUCGGAGUGUCCCUGCGCCCCAAGAGCUACAGCAGCAGCUAGAGCAGCUUUCCUCGCUCCCUCCCCCUCACCUCGCUCAUCGCCCGCCCCCCCGCCCUGCCGAGCGAGGAGGAGCCAGAGGAGAGGAAGAUGGCGGCGGCCGCCAGCACCCGCGGUAUCGCGGGGCCGCUCCGAGGAGCCUAAGAGACCCACGGAAGCUUCGCGGGAAGACGCGGCGGCGGAGGAUGAGCCUGCAGAGCGCGCAGUAUCUCCGACAAAGGAGAGGAGAGGUGUUCCUACCAAAGGAACUCUUUUACGAAGGCCCAGUGCAUUAAGGAAGCAUCACACACACCACAACUCAGUGAUGGAACAUGGAGACUGAGGAGAGUAGAAGGGGAGUGGGAAUUCAGAGACUAGAAUUUGGUAGGAAACUUUGGCAGGCAGAAGUCCUGAAGGCUGACAUGACAGAUUCUAAGCUGGGUCCAGCUGAGGUCUGGACAUCCAGGCAGGCUCUGCAGGACCUGUACCAGAAAAUGCUAGUUACUGAUUUGGAAUAUGCUCUAGACAAGAAAGUAGAACAAGAUCUCUGGAAUCAUGCCUUUAAGAAUCAGAUCACAACACUACAAGGCCAAGCAAAGAAUCGAGCAAACCCAAAUCGGAGUGAAGUUCAGGCAAACCUUUCUCUGUUCUUAGAGGCAGCUAGUGGCUUCUAUACUCAGUUAUUACAAGAACUGUGUACAGUGUUUAAUGUAGAUUUACCAUGCCGUGUAAAGUCUUCCCAGUUGGGAAUUAUCAGCAAUAAACAGACGCAUACCAGCGCCAUAGUGAAGCCACAGUCUAGCUCCUGUUCCUAUAUCUGCCAGCACUGCCUCGUCCACCUUGGAGACAUUGCUCGAUACAGAAACCAGACCAGCCAGGCAGAGUCCUACUAUAGGCAUGCAGCUCAGCUUGUCCCCUCCAAUGGUCAGCCUUACAAUCAGUUGGCUAUCUUAGCUUCUUCCAAAGGAGACCAUCUGACCACAAUUUUCUACUACUGCAGAAGCAUUGCUGUGAAGUUCCCUUUCCCAGCUGCCUCCACUAAUCUACAAAAAGCACUUUCUAAAGCACUGGAAAGCCGAGAUGAGGUGAAAACCAAAUGGGGUGUUUCUGACUUUAUCAAGGCCUUUAUUAAAUUCCACGGUCAUGUGUACCUGAGUAAGAGCUUGGAAAAGUUGAGCCCUCUUCGAGAGAAAUUGGAAGAACAGUUUAAGAGGCUGCUAUUCCAAAAAGCUUUCAACUCUCAACAGCUAGUUCAUGUCACUGUCAUUAACCUGUUUCAACUUCAUCACCUCCGUGACUUUAGCAAUGAAACAGAGCAGCAUAGUUAUAGCCAAGAUGAGCAGCUAUGCUGGACACAGUUGUUGGCCCUCUUUAUGUCUUUUCUUGGCAUCCUGUGCAAGUGUCCCCUUCAUAAUGAGUCUCAGGAGACAUACAAUGCCUAUCCUCUUCCUGCGGUCAAGGUCUCCAUGGACUGGCUGAGACUCAGACCCAGAGUCUUUCAGGAGGCAGUGGUGGAUGAAAGACAGUACAUAUGGCCCUGGCUAAUUUCUCUUCUAAAUAGUUUCCAUCCCCAUGAAGAAGAUCUCACAAGUACUAAUGCUACACCACUUCCAGAGGAAUUUGAGUUACAAGGCUUCUUGGCUUUGAGACCUUCUUUCAGGAACUUGGAUUUUUCCAAAGGCCAUCAGGGUAUUACAGGAGACAAAGGGGGUCAGCAACAACGAAUUCGACAGCAACGCUUGAUCUCUAUAGGCAAAUGGAUUGCUGAUAAUCAGCCAAGGUUGAUUCAGUGUGAAAGUGAGGUAGGGAAAUUGUUAUUUAUCACAGAAAUUCCAGAAUUAAUACUGGAAGACCCCAGUGAAGCCAAAGAGAACCUCAUUCUGCAAGAAACAUCAGUGGUAGAGUCCCUGGCUGCUGAUGGGAGCCCAGGACUGAAAUCAGUGCUAUCUACAGGCCGAAAUCUAAGCAACAACUGUGACACCGGAGAGAAACCAGUGGUUACCUUCAAAGAGAACAUAAAGCCACGAGAAGUGAACAGAGACCAAGGAAGAAGUUUUCCUCCCAAAGAGGUGAGAAGGGACUGUAGCAAAGGAAUAACUGUAACUAAGAAUGAUGGAAAGAAGGACAACAACAAGAGGAAAACUGAAAACAAGAAAUGCACCUUAGAAAAGUUACAGGAAACAGGAAAGCAGAAUGUGGCAGUGCAGGUAAAAUCCCAGACAGAACUAAGGAAAACUCCAGUGUCUGAAGCCAGGAAAACGCCUGUAACUCAAGCCCCGAGUCAAGCAAGUAACUCCCAGUUCAUCCCUAUUCAUCAUCCUGGAGCCUUUCCUCCUCUUCCCAGCCGUCCAGGGUUCCCGCCCCCAACAUAUGUUAUCCCCCCUCCUGUGGCAUUUUCUAUGGGCUCAGGUUACACCUUCCCAGCUGGUGUUUCUGUCCCAGGAACCUUUCUUCAGUCUGCAGCUCACUCUCCAGCAGGAAACCAGGUGCAAGCUGGGAAACAGUCCCACAUUCCUUACAGCCAGCAACGGCCCUCUGGACCAGGGCCAAUGAACCAGGGACCUCAACAAUCACAGCCACCUUCCCAGCAACCCCUUACACCUUUACCAGCUCAGCCAACAGCACAGUCUACAAGCCAGUUGCAGGUUCAAGCUCUAGCUCAGCAGCAACAAUCCCCUACAAAAGCCACUCCAGCUUUGGGGAAAAGCCCACCUCACCACUCUGGAUUCCAGCAGUAUCAACAGGCAGAUGCCUCCAAACAGCUGUGGAAUCCCCCUCAGGUUCAAGGCCCACUAGGGAAAAUCAUGCCUGUGAAACAGCCCUACUACCUUCAGACCCAAGACCCCAUAAAACUGUUUGAGCCGUCAUUGCAACCUCCUGUAAUGCAGCAGCAGCCUCUAGAGAAAAAAAUGAAGCCUUUUCCCAUGGAGCCAUAUAACCAUAAUCCCUCAGAGGUCAAGGUCCCAGAAUUCUACUGGGAUUCUUCCUACAGCAUGGCUGAUAACAGAGCUGUAAUGGCACAGCAAGCAAACAUGGACCGCAGGGGCAAACGGUCACCAGGAGUCUUCCGACCAGAGCAGGAUCCUGUCCCCAGGAUGCCAUUCGAGGAUCCCAAGGGCUCCCCUUUGCUUCCUCCGGACCUGUUAAAGAGUCUGGCUGCCUUGGAGGAAGAGGAAGAGCUGAUUUUUUCUAACCCUCCUGAUCUUUACCCAGCUCUGCUUGGGCCUCUCGCCUCUCUUCCUGGAAGAAGCCUCUUUAAAUCCUUGUUGGAGAAGCCUUCAGAACUCAUGUCACAUUCAUCCUCUUUCCUGUCCCUCACCGGGUUCUCUCUUAAUCAGGAAAGAUACCCAAAUAACGGCAUGUUCAAUGAGGUCUAUGGAAAGAACCUGACAGCCAGCUCCAAAGCAGAGCUUAAUCCCUCAAUGCCCUCCCAGGAAACAUCACUGUAUUCCCUUUUUGAAGGGACUCCAUGGUCCCCAUCACUACCUGCCAGUUCAGAUCAUUCAACACCAGCCAGCCAAUCUCCUCAUUCCUCCAACCCAAGCAGCCUACCCAGCUCUCCUCCAACACACAACCAUAAUUCUGUUCCAUUCUCCAAUUUUGGACCCAUCGGGACUCCAGAUAACAGGGAUAGAAGGACUGCUGAUCGGUGGAAAACUGAUAAACCAGCCAUGGGUGGGUUUGGUGUUGAUUAUCUCUCAGCAACAUCAUCUUCUGAGAGCAGUUGGCAUCAGGCCAGCACUCCAAUCGGCACCUGGACAGGCCAUGGCCCUUCCUUGGAGGAUUCCUCUGCUGUCCUCAUGGAAAGCCUAAAGUCUAUCUGGUCCAGUUCCAUGAUGCAUCCUGGACCCUCCGCUCUGGAGCAGUUGUUAAUGCAACAGAAGCAGAAACAGCAGCGGGGACAAGGCACCAUGAACCCUCCACACUGAGGCCAAAGUGGCAACCCUGGGAAUGAAGGCUCCAUAAACCAUGGCAUGUUGGGUUUGCAGGAUUGGCCCACACAGUCCCCUGCAGGUGGCAGCCCUCUUGUCUGUUCCUUGCUGUCAAGAGGAUGUAAGUGUUCCACCAGCCCGCUGAGUGUGCACGAUAUGUCCGCAGUGCAACAAAAAGAAAAAUCCAUCAGGAGCUCUCCGUCCCCCUAGGUCCUUCUAGAGGGAGAGAGGAACUGCUAUUUGUCUCACUCAGUUACCUGAUAUCACCACCUCUCACCUUCUCCGUCGUGCAUGUCCCCAGCCACAUGGGAAGUGAAAGCUGAGAAGGGAAGGCAGGUGGGAGAAGCCAAUGGGAACUUCUCAGUCCUUUUUUUCCCUCUUUGGGGAAUAAAAUAGGAAUCCAUUAAUAAUUGCUUUGCUGACUGAGAAUGUAGUUGAAAUUAUUCCUGAACAUCUUUUGUUAUUAUUAUUACUCUCAGUAGUAAAAUAUCACACUGAAUUCUUCCAUACAAGGUGUUCUCCUAGUCAGUGUGUAGCAAAGACAGCCCCAUUCACUGCUCCUGUGAGAGGCUGGUGGUGACAGGAUAGGGAACCAACCUUCUCAGCCAGUGGAAGUGUUCUGUGGGGAGAAUACAGGGCCUCACAGAAGGCUCUGGCAGGCCCUUCUCUGGCCUGGAGAUUUCAGUAGGAAAUGCCCUUCACUCUGUAGGUGCUCGAGCCCUCGAGGAUGCAGUGUGGGUGUUGGUGCUGGGCUAGACUAGCAGGUGACUGCUUUAGGAUUUCAAAUUGAUGUUUUUGAUUCCUGUACUUUUUGCAGUAGCAUAGCAAGCAGUCUCACAGAAGGCAGGCUACUUCAUUCAUGGCCUGACACAUUUUAUUGGGUAGAAGCUUUCAGUGUGGUUAUUUUUGUUUGGUUGGUUUUGUGCCCUCAUCCUACUUACCAGCCUCCUGCACCUGUGUCCAUCCUUUUUGUUGGUAAUUGUUUUUAUUCCUAAUGUGUACAACAUCUCACCAAGAAGCAACAGCAUGGGGUCCAGCAGUUGGGGCCUGAAAGUCUGAAGAGGAGGGAAGCAGUACCGUCUGCAUAGCCGCAGAGAGGCCAGGCCCCUGCCCAGCUGCAUUCUCCCAGCCUCCACUUCAAGAGUGAGACUCAAGGCACUAUGGACAUAAGCACGUCAUGAAUAGAAGAAAACAUAACGAAGGCCAUUUUGGAAAAGGCGAGAGAAAAGAAAAUAAACUUUUUACUUGGUAUUUAUUAGGAGGAAAGAGGACUGAAGAUGUUCUUGUGUAGAAACAGGAGGACAGCAUUUCUGUUAGUCACUUCCUGGAAAAGUAAUAUUUUAAGGGAAAAUUAUGGAAACAAUCUAAAUGUCCAAUUGCUGUGCUAGUGGUAGGGAUUUUCUGGGAGGUCUCGAGUGUGCGCCUGUGUGUGUGUGUGUGUGUGUGUGUGCACCCACAUGUGCCCAUCUGCUCCCCCAGAGGGAAGGGGUUGUGUGUAUGAGUGUAUCGAGUUAAUAUGAAACUUAGCUGGGAAACAGCUGCAGAGCAAAGCACAUCAAGGAGCCCCAGGUGUCACUGGAGUCUGGGCAACCCCAGCAAUUAAAGGGGUGAGAUAAUGCUCAUUGCUCUUCAGAAAGAGUGGUUGAAGCCCCCUUAUGCUUACAUUAUUGCUCUUUUAGUUUGACAUGGUUAUUUGGGGUUUUGUUUGUUUGUUUGUUUUGUUUGUUUCUGAAAGGUCCGAAAGGGUAAAGCCCCCCCCAUCUAAUGGCAAUAUGAAAAAUCCUUUGUGCUUCUCUCCAUCCCCUUCCCUGUGUCCACCUUUUCCCUCCUCCUUUCCCUACUGCCUUUACCCGGUUUGUGUGUUUGAGCUCUGCAUUCAGGCAGCUGCAACAUUCCAGUGUUUGAACUGUCACUGAUCCUGCACCCUAGACGAGCUCACCAGGUUUACCACCUCCCUCCCAGUAGUUCCCAGUUCCCAUCUAAAGCCCCAUUCUGCAUGAGAAUUUGGUGUUUGGAAUGUUUUCUGACUCUUGGAGCAGGGUUCCUCGCCUUAUCGUCCUCACUGCAGGUAUAAUGAGGAGGGGAGGAGAAUCUUCAUCAAAAACUGGUUUUGUGUAGUAAACUUACUUUUGUGGGGGUUUUUUGUUUGCUGUUUUGGGGGGGGGUUCUUUUUCUUUUCUUUUUCUGUCUGUCUGUACAAGAACUGCAGCUGCUGAAAUCAGCUUUGCCUUUAAUUAAACCAUGUUCUCUCCAACCAUAUCUGUGUUAUUUAUUUUC